AUGCGCGUAACAUCAGCCGUGCUCUCGCUAGCGGGCAUAGUCGUAGUAUCGACAGCCACCACUGCAUCGCUCCAUGCCUCGGCAGGCUGCAAGGCCCUACAGACGCCCCUUGGGGAUUCGCUUUUCUUCGCCGGCAGUAGUGUAUACAAAUACGAGGCGGCAAACUUUUGGUCGAACACCGAGCUGAUGAGCCCUGGCUGUGUGUUCCGACCACAGUCCAGCGCACAGCUCGCGGAUGGCAUCGUGACGCUGGCCAAUGCCGAUGCUCAGUUCGCUGUUCGGGGUGGUGGACAUAUGGGUAUCCAGGGCGCAAACAAUAUCAAUGACGGUGUCUUGAUUGUUAUGUCAAAUUUGACGACUUUGGAGUUGUCGGACGAUCAUUCGAUUGUGUCCAUUGGUCCUUCUUACCGAUGGAGAGAUGUCUAUGGAUACCUACAAAAGUUCGGACUGACUGCUGCCGGUGGUCGUCUUGGCCCUGUGGGUGUGCCGGGACUGCUCCUUGCUGGCGGUAUCAACUUUUACGGCAAUCAGGUUGGCUUCGGCUGCGAUACUAUUGUCAACUACGAGGUUGUCCUUGCCGAUGGCUCAAUUGUGGAAGUUAACAGGACCAGUCAUCCUGAUCUGUUCUGGGCCUUGAAGGGCGGAAGCAGUAAUUUUGGCAUUGUCACUCGGUUCGAUCUGGAGACUAUCAAAUCGCCCAAGGUCUGGGCUGGUGCACACACCGUUUCGUCUGAGUACAUCGAUGAGUUCCUAGCGGCUGCGGCUACUUACGCAUCUGACAUUUACGACCCCAAGACGCACAUUGUACCAGCCCUUGUGACCGGCGUGACUACUCUCGCCUCAGUGAUUCUGUUCUAUGACAGUGACAGCAUCAGCUACCCCGAGAUCUUUAAGCCGUUUACCGAUAUCCCGGCUAUUAGCAGCACGCUUGAUUUCAAGACGGUCGCCGAGUUUGCCGCUGAGACCGGCGCAAUGGUGAUUGAUGGUAUCAAUGACGUUUUUGUUGCCGGAACUGUCAAGGGCACAAGUUAUGAGGAGCUCCUCAGCGGUAUCAGCAUCAUCAACCAAACCUUCUUCGACGAGCUCCCCAAGCUGUACGCGCAGAUCCCUAUCGCCAACAUCUCCACUAUCCAGCUGGACUGGCAACCUAUAGGUGCAGACUGGAUGAAGGCCUCCGAGGCUCACGGCGGAAACGCUCUCGGCCUGGACUCCUCGCAGGUCUACCUUUGCUACGCAGAGGUGGUUGAGUGGAUUGGCUCAGCGUAUGAUGACAUUGUCGCUUCUUGGGUCGAAGAGACCACUUACAAAAUUAACAAUGCCACCCAGAGAGCCGGUCUGUACGACACCUUCAACUACAUUGGUGAUGCUGCUGGCUUCCAGUCUAUCUUCCCUGGCUAUGGCGUGGAAAACCACCAAAAGCUUAUUGAUAUUGCCGCGAAGUAUGACCCUCGGGGUGUUUUCCAGACACUUAUGCCAGGUGGAUUCAAGGUUUGA